CCAGAAUGGCGGACUACUUUGAAGAUUAUUCUGUCUACAGUAACCUUAGUGAUGAAGAGCUGCUGCAGCUCGCCAUCACACGCAGUCUGACGGACAGCCCACCUUUAAACCACAGCUCCCACAAUCCACCUUUAAACCACAGCUCCCACAAUCCACCUUUAAACCACAGCUCCCACAAUCCACCUGCAAACCACAGCUCCCACAAUCCUCCAAGUGAAGAGCCUCCUGACCCGAAGACGUUUGAUGGGACCGUCAGUCGCUUCAUGACGGGAGCUGGGAAGAGCAUGGUGGCGUAUCGCCGACCUGAUGGUAGUCUGGUCCACAUCGCUCCAGAACCUGUGGAGGAGGAGGAGCCUCUGUUCAGAGCGGUCCGUGUCGGGGAUGUUAGCAAAGUGAAAGCGCUGACGAUGGUCCAGGAAACAAACCUGAUGCUUCCAAGUAAACCGGGCUGGCUCGCCAUUCACCAGGCGGCAUGGUACGGGCAGGACAGCUGUCUGAGAGUACUGCUGUCAGCUCAGCCGGGGAUGAUCAACAAGCGGACCGAGCACGGGGAGACGGCUCUGAUGGUCGCUGUCAGCAAAGAACAGUUGCCAUGCGUUCAGGUGCUGCUGGAAAAGGGAUCUGAUACUAAUACCCCCAACUAUGACAAAGAGACUCCGCUCUACAAAGCCUGUGAGAGAAGCAGCGCCGCGAUAGUGGCGGCCUUGUUGAACCACGGUGCAGCCGUCAACACUCCCUGUAUUUGGAGUUUCACGGCCCUACACGAAGCUGCUACUCAAAACAACGCGGAGAUCUGUGAGAUGCUGCUGAAGGCUGGAGCCAAACACACUCUGGUCAAUGUGUACGGCCUCUCGCCGCUGUUUACCGCCUCGCAGAGCGGGCAGCUGGCCAUCCUGCGUCUCCUCCUCAAACACGGUAAGAGGAUGGGUUACCUUAUUGAUCUCUGCUGA